AUGGCCGCGUGUCCACAGGCGCAAUUGCGCCUGGAAUGGAUCUACGGCUACCGAGGGCACCAAUGUCGCAACAACAUUUACAUCAACAGCCAGCAAGAAGUGAUCUACUUUGUCGCCGGCACCGCUGUCUUGUUGAAUCUUGAGCCGCGACGUCAACGCUUCUAUCUCCAGCACGAUGAUGACAUUAUCAGCAUGGCCAUGCACCGCGAUCGCAACACAAUCGCCACUGGCCAGCUUGGUCGUGAGGCCGCCAUUCAUGUCUGGACCUCAAACGAUUUGCGGACUGUUUCCAUUCUUACCGGGGCGCAUAAACAGGGCAUAGCUGCCAUCUCCUUCAGUGAAGCAGAUGACACCUUGCUGGCCUCAGUUGGACUGGACGACGACCACACCAUUGCCGUGUGGAAAUGGGCCACGGGCACGCUGCUCGCCACCACCUCAGGGCAUCGUGAACGGGUGUUUGAUAUCCGCAUGAACCCAGCCGAUCCCACACAAUUGGCUACGUGUGGACUGAAACACGUGCGCUUCUGGAAGUUGAGCGGCAACACCCUCUCCUCGCCCACGAGUGAUAACGAAAACCUCCAGACGCAGCUUAGCAUUGCGUACGGCGCCUCAGGCAUUGCCUAUUCAGGCAGCCUCAGUGGCGAGAUUUUGGCAUGGAAGAGUGGCAAUCAUGUCAAAAGCAUUCCAGCCCACACCGGACCUGUGUUCUGUUUGCACAACAGCACUGACGGUUUCGUCUCUGCGGGCAAGGACGGAUUGGUGCGGAUGUGGGAGCGUGACUUCUCCCCUGUCAUUGUAGUAGAUCUGGCGACAACGCCAAUUGGCUACGAGGGCAUGGUCCUUCGCUCGGUCGCUUGGCAUAACGACAUUAUCAUCUGCGGCACCAAGGACUCUGAACUCAUCCUCAUCAAUGGUCGCGACCGCGAGCACCCACAAUUUCUCACCCGUGGACAUGCGCCCGGUGAGCUUUGGGGACUCGAUGCCAUGCACUCUACUGAGCGCUUCGUGACGGCCAGCGAUGACCAAACACUCCGCAUCUGGAAUUGUGAUACCCACGCCUGUGAAGCCGUUUUCAAUUUGGGUGCCGGCCUUCGCACCUGUGCCAUGAGCCCCAGUGACCAGCUGAUUGCUGUUGGCGCCAGCAAUGGGCGUCUUUGCUUGCUUCGAAACGAUGGGCAAGAGGUGUUUGCGCGUCAUAAGACCAACGAGGCCGUUAAUGUCGUGCGCUUCAGCGCCGGUGGCAAUCGCCUGGCCGUGGGCUAUAACGAUGGAUAUGUUCUCUUGAUGACCAUCGAGAACGAUGGUGCAAGGUGCAGCAAGCGUGUCCGCUCGACGUUCAUCGCCCACCUUGACUUUAGCGUGGACGACCAGUAUUUGGCAGUGACAUGCGGCGACGGCAGCCUGACUGUGCUUGAGGCCAGCACCGGUCGACAUGCGACCAGCUUACCCACCAACAUUGCAUGGCACAUGCGCUCCAUGCCUAUUGGGGAGGACGUCCAGGGCAUCUGGGGCAAGUAUGCCGAUGCUAAUGACAUCAACGCCGUUGCCGUUCUCAACGACACGGUGGUGACGGGUGAUGACUACGGCCGAGUGAAGAUUUUCACCUACCCUUCACCACAGCCAGGGCAAGUGCGCGUCAGGCUUUCCUACUGUAUCCGAAGAACCGCGGCCUAUCGAGUUUACCGCGGUCAUUCUGCGCAUGUGACAAAUUUAGCCGUGACGCCUUCUUCAUCGCGCAUCAUUUCCAGUGGUGGUGCAGACCACUCGGUUUUUCAAUGGCGGGUGCAUCCUUCCGGUGGCCAGCCUGACGAGUUUGACCAGUACGCCAGUGCCGACGAAGAGUCCGAUUAUGAAACGGGCUUGGACAUGGACGAGGGGGCCCAUGAGGUUGAUUCUGAUGUUGAACGUGAAGCGCGCGCCGACUAUUCACGCCGCAAUGACACGGUCAAGGAUCGCAGCUUUGAGCGAGAACAAGCUGCUCGAGAUGCUAUGAAGACGGUUCGCCGGGCUCCCCCUCCAGAUCGUUGCCUACGCAUGCGACGCGUCUUUGGCUAUCGCGGCUACGAUGCGCGGAAUAACGUCUUUUAUGAUGAGACCCUCAACAGUCUCAUCUACCACGUGGCGGCUGUCGGCGUCAUUCACGAUUUCAACACGGGCGAGCAGCGCUUUUACGUGGGGCACACAGAUGAUAUCCUAUGCAUGGCUCAUCAUGAAGGGCUGGAUCUGAUCGCGACGGGACAGGUGGGCAAGGAGCCCGUCAUCCACGUUUGGAACCUGCAGACGAUGGAGGUUCAGUCGAUUUUGAAGGGCUUUCAUGAGCGGGGCGUGUGUGCACUGGCCUUUCACAACAAUGGUAAACUCUUGGCCUCGGUGGGCCUGGAUAACGAUCACAGCAUCUGCAUCUGGGACUGGAAACGCGGCACUCAGCUGGCUUCAGCGCGUGGCCACAAGGACAAGAUCUUUGAAGUGUGCUUUCACCCUCAAGCCACGGAGUCGCUUGUUUCCGUAGGAGUGAAGCAUAUCAAGUUUUGGGAGCAAAAGGGCAGCACGUUGACGGGCAAACGCGGCGUCUUUGGAUCUGUUGGCCCCCAGGACACAAUGCUAUGCGCAACUUUCUCUGCUGACGGCCAGUGCUUUACUGGUGGCGCCAAUGGCAAAGUCUACGGGUGGGGUGCAGAUCGCAAUUUGCGCGCCGUUUACGACUGCCACGCCUCUCCCAUUUUUACUCUCAAAGCCAUGGGCGAUGGCUUUGUCAGUGGCAGCAAGAAAGGAGAGGUAUCUCUCUGGUCCAACAGCUUUGCUUCCAAACUGCAAACCUAUACAAUUCGGCAGGACAAGUGCACUACCGAUUCGUGUGCACUGGCCCGUGACACACCGCCCGUUCGAGCCGUGGCUCUAGCACAGCAUGCCGUCUAUGCCGGCCUUGCUACUGGGCAAAUUGCACAGAUUACUUCGUCCAAUGGCGCCGUUGAUGUCAUCGUAUCUGGCCACGCUGAAGGUGAGCUGUGGGGCUUGGCCAUGCAUCCCAGCGCCAGUCAGGCCUUCACCGUAUCUGAUGAUCAGCACUUGAUCGCUUGGGAUCUGGACAAGUGCCGCCAGCAGUUGUCGCUGACCCAUCUUGCCAAACCAGCGCGCGCGGUACAUGCAUCGCCUGAUGGCCAAUGGAUCGCAGUCGGGUUCAAAGAUGGCAGCUGGAGCGUGUAUGCGCUAGAUCAGCUGGGUGAAGGUGCUGCACCGGUACAUACGGCACAUCACCGCAAGGAAAAUGUCUCUGACAUCAAGUUCGCCCCUGGCACGGGUGAGGCACACAAGAGUGCUUUUGUAGCAGUGGCCACCCAUGAUAAUUUUGUGGACAUCUACGCAACUGGUACCUGGAAGCGCGUGGGUGUCUGUAAGGGCGCAUCAUCCUACAUCACUCACGUUGAUUGGAAUCAAAGUGGUCAACUGCUCAUGGUCAAUUCGGGCGCCAAGGAACUGCUUUAUUUUGAGGCCCCCAGCGGCAAGCGGCAAGCCCUGACCACUGCCGUUUCCAAACAAAUCCAGUGGCACACGUGGACCUGUGUGCUUGGUGAUCAAAUGUCUGGCGUUUGGCCCCCCAGCUCCGACGUGACAGACGUCAAUGCUGCUUGCCUCACCCGGGACAAAUCAGUGUUGGCCACGGCAGAUGACUUUGGGCUUGUAAAGCUCUUUGACUUUCCGGCCACAGGCCAGUACAGCAAGUUCAAGAAGUACAUGGGGCAUUCGGCCCAUGUCACCAAUACGCGUUUCUCCUUUGAUGACGCCUAUCUGGUCACUGUGGGUGGCAACGAUACAUCUGUCAUUCUCUGGGACUAUGCCAUCACAGCCUCCGACCCGACUAGCACGGUUGGGCUAGCUGGAGACAGCGACGACUCGCUCAGUGAUUCGGAAGAAGAUGGGUAUGACUCGGACGUCGCCCGUGAGCAAGCCAUUGACUACACGGAGAAAACUUUUGACGAAAAACUGCGCCCCGCACAAGGCGAGAGUGCGCGCCGCAAGGUCCGCACCAAGACAAAAGGCAUGACGCGCAAGGUCGCUGCAGCUGGAGGACGCAAGCAGGCUGCGGCCAUCGUGGGCUUGUCACUGGCAUACUGUCAUGGCUACCGAGGCUUUGAUGCCCGCAACAAUGCCCGAAUGAUUGAUGAGCAUCGUAUCGUGUACCAUGCUGCGGGCUUGGGCAUCGUGCACAACGUGUCGCGUAAUACCCAGCGCUUUUACACAAAGCAUACGGAUGACAUCUUAUGCCUGGCAGUGCAUCCAAAGUUGCCGAACAUGGUCGCCACGGGACAAGUGGGUGUAGUGGCUGACAUCCACGUCUGGAACACUGAGGACCAAGCCACAGCCGCUGUCCUCCGGGGCUUUCACAAGACUGCUGUCUGUUCUCUCGAUUUCAGUGCUUCCGGCAAGCACCUGGUAUCCAUUGAUGCCUGCAACAAUUCGGGGCUGGCCGUCCACCGCUGGCAAACCGGAACGCGCGUCGCCUCGACCACGGCCAGCCAUCACCGCUUAUUCGCUGUGGCCUGCCGCCCCGAUUCAGAACACGAGUUUGUGACUGUUGGCGUCAAGCACGUGCGCUUUUGGACUUUGGCGGGCAGCGCGUUGUUGAGCAAGCGCGGUCUAGUGAGCCGGGAAGCCAAGAUGACCACUAUGUUAGCAGUAGCCUUUGGACCAGAGCGCACCACGUACACAGCAGCCAUGAGCGGUGCCAUCUGGCAGUGGCAGGAAAACCGCCAUGUGCGCAUCAUCGAAGCACAUGCCAAGCCAUGUUUCACCAUGAGCACGCUCUACAGUCCCAAAAACUGGCGCAUCCUUACUGGUGCAAAGGAUGGCAAAAUCAAGCUGUGGGAUGCAUCAACAUUCAAGCAGCUUCAGGAAGCUGAAGUGCGUGGCAAGGAGUUGCGAUCUGUUGCUCCAGCUCGUGGUGGUGCCUUUUUGGUCGGCACAGAAUCAAGUGAGCUCUUUAUUGCCGGAAACGACACCACUCCACAGGUCGUGGUGGAUGGACAUGGUGAGGGUGAGCUGUGGGGCCUGGCGCCUUACCCGGGCAAGGGCAAACUCUUCUCGCCCACCACAUUUGCGACGGGCGGUGAUGACAAAACCAUCCGUCUGUGGGACGUGACUUCGCCCAAGGAGCUCGCGGUCUUUCAUACCACGGCAGCUGUGCGCUCGCUAUGCUUCUCGCCGGAUGGCACCCUCUUGGCAGCGGGUCUCUUUGAUGGCACCGUACAGCUGUAUGACUUGCAGGCAAAGAGUGCCGCACCAAAGUGCAAGCGUGACCGUGGCAAGUCUAUUCAGGACCUAAAAUUCAGCCCUGAUGGCCGCCUUCUGGCUGUUGGCUCGAAUGAUCAGACGAUCGACAUUUAUCAGUCAGUCUUGCAACCAGUGACAGACAUGCAACGCAAGGCCUACACCAAAGACAUCCCUGGCGCAGUGACGCACGUGGACUGGGAAGAACAGAGCCGCUUCGUCAAGGCUGAGACCAGUCAAUAUGUCACAGUGGUCGUGAAUGCCGCUACGGGCGCAGUCUGUACCGAUGACCUGGAUGGUGAAGUGAGUCGCUUUGUAGACAACAAUGGCAUCCUAGAGCCGCAUAUGGCAGGCAUUUGGCCCCCAGAUGCCAACAAGGCGGAUGUCAACUGGGUGGCCGUGGCACAUGGCGGCUCCGUGGCUGCGACUGGCGAUGACGGUGGAUUUGUGAAGCUGUUCAAGAUGCCCGUUCCGAGCACCCAUAGCAAACACAAGUCCUAUGUCGGACACUCGGAUCACGUGACACGUCUGUGCUUCACGGCCGAUGAUAGUCAUCUGGUGUCCAUUGGCCGAGAGGAUUGCUGGUACGCAAAGGCUUCCAUGCGUGACUGUUUCUUUGUUUUUUUGAGUCGACGAUUGUUCACACUGCUUGUUUGUUCUCGUGUGUUCCGUAGCAUCCUUGUGUGGAAGUGCAAGUCGUAG